AAUUCAGGUCUUCUCUUUGGAAAAUCGUAUCUCCAGUAGCUAUUGAAGGAAAAGCUGCAGCGGACACUUCUUUUAGUUGUAAUGAAGUUAAGGAUGAUAAAAAGAAUGAAGUCUCUGAAGAUAACUCAGAAUCAGCCGCAGAAAUUCAAGCUUGGUUUCAAAAAAUUAUAGAUUCCCCUGAUUCUAAUGAAAAGGCCAAAAAAAUACAAAAUUGGUAUCGUUCAGCACUUAAUCGAAGCCGCAAAUAUCCUAGAAAUAAGACUUUGGAUAAGAUUUACCAUAAGAUUUACAAUGAUAUGUCUAAUUUUUGUAAUAAUGCUUCGCACUGGAAAGCUGCUAUAGAGCUAAAGGGAAAAGAGAUAGUGCGCAAGUAUAUUAUGCUUUUGAAGGGUUAUACAGUUGAUUUAAUCGUAAAGCUUGAGAAAAUGGAAAAUGAAAUGGAUUCAAUCAAAAAUAAAUUAAAAAAAAUACUGCAGAAUAAGACUAUCGAUGAAGAAACGAUAGAUUCUUGCAUAAACCUAGAGGACGAACUAAAGUCCGAUUAUUAUGGAUAUGUAAAGGAUGCUCUGGAAUUAUUGUCGACGACUGAAAAAGCAGAACAUGAAAAAGCAGACAUUGAAUGGCUUGAAAGUGUGUUACAGCAGACGGACGACAUCAUUUAUAAUGUUUCAGAAUGGAUAGAUAAGUGCAAGGCUAUUAUAAAAUGA